AUGGGCACUCUUUACAAAUACUACAAACCCCUGACCUCAAUCCGCUUCUCUCCACCACCAUCAAAAUCCUUCCUCCUUCAUUCAAUUAGAAUCAAAACCCAUUUUUCUCCCACCAAGAAAACAAGACUAGACCGUUUCUUUUCCUCUGUAACGUCAUCAUCACAGCCCUCAACCAAAACCAAUGGUGGUGAUGCCUCUGCUGCAAGUCCAUCAUCAGAAUUGUGGUUGUACAACACAAUGAGCAGGAAAAAGGAGUUAUUUAAGCCAAAAGUUGAGGGUAAAGUUGGAAUGUAUGUUUGUGGUGUUACUGCAUAUGAUUUGAGCCAUAUUGGUCAUGCUCGUGUUUAUGUCACCUUUGAUGUCUUAUCCAGGUAUCUUAAGCAUUUGGGGUAUGAUGUUUGUUAUGUUCGAAAUUUUACUGAUGUUGAUGACAAGAUAAUUUCUCGAGCAAAUGAAUUAGGAGAGGAUCCGAUCAGUUUGAGUAGACAGUACUGUGAAGAAUUCCUUCGUGAUAUGGUGUAUCUUCAUUGCCUCCCGCCUUCUGUUGAACCACGUGUGUCGGAUCACAUGCCCCAAAUCAUUGACAUGAUUCAGCAGAUUCUUGAUAAUGGGUUUGCCUACAGAAUUGAUGGGGACGUUUACUUUUCUGUUGACAAAUUACCAGAAUACGGGCGAUUAUCUGGACGAAAAUUGAAAGAUAAUCGAGCUGGUGAACGAGUUGCUGUGGACUCGAGAAAGAACAACCCUGCUGAUUUUGCAUUGUGGAAGUCUGCAAAGGAGGGUGAGCCCUUUUGGAAUAGUCCAUGGGGUCCUGGAAGGCCUGGGUGGCAUAUUGAAUGCAGUGCAAUGAGUGCUGCUUAUCUUGGUCACUCGUUUGACAUACAUGGUGGUGGAAUGGACCUUGUGUUUCCUCACCAUGAAAACGAAAUUGCUCAGAGUUGUGCUGCAUGCAGAGAUAGUAAUGUGAGCUACUGGGUACACAAUGGUUUUGUCACUGUUGACUCAGAGAAAAUGUCCAAAUCCCUUGGAAACUUCUUCACAAUUAGGCAGGUUAUAGAUCUUUACCAUCCAUUAGCUUUGAGACUUUUCCUGUUGGGGACCCACUAUCGAUCCCCAGUCAACUACUCUGAUGUGCAGCUUGAAAGUGCUUCGGAACGUAUAUUCUACAUCUAUCAGACGCUACAUGAUAGUGAAUAUAUCCUCGGCCAGCACUCUGUGGCAUUUGAGAAGGAUGCUAUUCCGCCUGACACAAUGAAUGACAUCAAUAAGUUUCACGCUACAUUUGUCACCUCAAUGUCAGAUGAUCUUCACACUCCUGUUCUUUUGUCUGCACUAUCUGAUCCAUUAAAAAGCAUUAAUGAUAUGCUACAUACUCGAAAGGGAAAGAAACAAGCAAAGCGGAUAGAAUCAAUUGCUGCUCUGGAAAAGAUGGUCAGAAAUGCUCUUAUUGUCUUAGGGUUGAUGCCCCCAACUUACAGUGAGGCUCUGCAGCAACUGAAGGGAAAGGCACUGAGGCGUGCCAAGUUGACAGAGGAUCAAAUAUUGCAAAGAAUCGAGGAAAGGACUGUAGCAAGAAAGAACAAAGACUACAAAAAAUCAGAUGAUAUUAGGAAGGAUUUAGCUGCUGUGGGCAUUGCUCUUAUGGACAGUCCAGAUGGCACAAGCUGGAGACCAGCCAUUCCGCUUGCACUGCAAGAGCAGCAAGUUUCUUUAACUUGA